AUGUUCUUUUCACCCCUUAAAUCCCUUAAUCCCUUAAAAAGUAGAUUUAAACGAUUAUAUUGUUCUAAGAUUGAUGAGUGUGAAAAGGUUGAUGAAUGUAAAAAGGUGGAAGAAUGUGGCGACAAAAAACCUGUUGUACCCAUUACACCGAAGCACAAAACAUUUCAAAUAUACAGAUACAUUCCAGGAGAUAAAUGUUCGCCAAAGCCUUUCAAAAAGUCAUACUCUUUGGAUCUAAAUGAAACAGGGUUAAAAGUGUUGGACGCCUUAAUAAAAAUUAAGAAAGAAAUUGACCCAACGUUAGCGUUUAGAAUGUCUUGUAGAGAAGGUAUAUGUGGAUCAUGCGGUAUGAAUAUCGACGGCCAAAAUCGACUUGCAUGCUUGUCAACGAUAAAACCAAAAGGCGUGACAAAAAUCUACCCUCUGCCCCACAUGUACGUAAUAAGAGACCUGGUCGUCGACUUCAGGCACUUCACUAAGCAACACCGCAGAAUCAAACCCUAUUUAAUAUACAAAGAUAAAAUCCCCAAAGAACACCAACUACUCCAAAGCACAAAAGACAGAGACCGAAUCGAUGGCACCGUAGAAUGCAUCCUUUGCGCCUGCUGUUCGACUUCCUGUCCGGAGUAUUGGUGGCACGGCCACUCGAAAGACAAGAACGACUUCCUGGGUCCGGCGGCUCUUUUCAAUGCCUACAGGUGGUUGUCGGAUUCUAGAGAUCAGGGCUAUGACGAACGGCUUAAGACUAUGACGAAUUACUUUAACGUUUAUCGAUGUCACACGAUCAAUAACUGCACCAGCUGUUGCCCCAAAGGACUUAAUCCAGCCAAGGCGAUAGCCAACAUUCGGCUUAUGCUGAGCAAAAUGAAGAGGAAGCGGAAUCCGGAGAUGUGUGGGACUGUUCCGGCUGAACCUAACAAGAUGUGUGAGGUGCAAUGUAAAGUAGAAAAUGAAGAAUAAAUAUUGUACAAUUUUAUAGAAGCAUUAUUACAAUUAAAAGUUUUUUUAAAGUGUCUCAAAUUAUUGUUUCUUAUUUUAUCUUUAAUCUAAUCUAAUCUGAGUCGAUUAACUGAAAUAGAC